AUGCCAAAGGAUCGUGUACCGUGCUGGGGGUCGGAGCCAUACCCAACCUCGGAUGCUGACGAUUCGGAGUCCUCCUCGACAGCCGAGUCCAUGGACUCCACCUUGAUCUUGACCUUCAUCUCAUCGCGUUGGGCGACUAGAGUUGGGAAUGGUCAUGAGCGUGUCGACGUUCGAGAACCAGUUGUGGUGUUCGCUGUCGAAGUUGCCCUUGUCCACCACGAUGUCGUCCAGACGCCGCUUCUGCAGCUGCUUACGCCAGAUGUUCUCCUCGACAGUGUGCUCGCUGAUCAAACGGUAGACGUUGACUUCCCUCGUCUGGCCGAUACGGUGGCACCUGUCCAUAGCUUGCCUAUCCAUCGCCGGGUUCCAGUCGGUGUCGUAGAAGAUGACCGUGUCGGCACCCGUCAGCGUAAGACCCACACCACCAGCGCGGGUGGAGGAGAUGAACAGGAAUAUCUUCUCGUUCUCGUUGAAUCUGGUGACGAUACGCUGCCUCAUGUCCACCUUGGUGGACCCGUCGAGUCUGACGUACGUGAACCCCAUGAAGUUGAUCCAGUUCUCUAG